UGGCAUUUGACGCGAAGACAGCGUUCGCAGCGCAGCGCGAUGUUCAACGCUAAGGAAUUUUGUUUUUUUUUUGUGUGCUGUUGUUUUUGAAAUAACACGUUAAGACCUAACUAAAUGAUAAUUGUAUAGAAUCGAGAACGAUCAAGUGCAACAAGAAUACUACAUGCAGUACACAGUAAAGGUGCAAGCAUAACAAAAAAAGAAAAACGACGCUUACACAUAUUUAAAGCGAAGAUAACCACGAAACGACGUUGCGAACGACAAAAUAAAAAAAAACGUAAAAAAUGAUCGAACGGAAUAUGUGUGCCAGCAGUUGGUAAAAGAGAGACAAAUUAACAUUAAAUAAAAGCGAAAAACGCGAAUCAAGCGUACGUAAAAAUUGCAAUUGCAGUUUGCUAUUUUCGGGGUGCAGCUUGUGUUUUUGUAUUAUUGUUGUUGUCUAACGUGUUUUUUGCGUUUACGACGUUUCCGAUGAUCUUGGCCUGUUGGUUGCCUGUUUUUGUUUUGUAUUUCGCUGCGGCGACUGCUUGAUGUUAUUGUAACUCGUUUUGUAUGACGACGAUAGCGCGUGUGAUUCAUACAGUAACAACAACACCAACAAUAACAGUUAACAGCAGUGAAUGCAGUGUGAAAUAUGCUAAAUAAAUAACACACAAAGCAAAGGCAAAAAAACGAGUGCGCGAUUGACGAGUGCAUCCUGCAUUGAGAGCAUCGAUAAGAAACCCACAAAAAAAUAAAAAGAAUAAAAAUUAAAAAAUAUACAAAUACAAAACAGCGGUGCUCUUCAACACACACACAUACAGACGCACGCGCGCACGCACACGCGAUAGUUCUGACCGUUCGUUGGUGGUAGGUGAAAAAAGAAAAAAUAUACAGACACACACACACGUUUUUUUCUCUCUUCGUCGUUUGGGUUGUGUACAGCUGCUGUCAAGUGCGCAGCCGCAGCCAGCAGUAGAAACAGGCGCAGCAGCGACGCCAAAGUCCUUUAAACGUGUGUAGUGCAUGCCAUCUCGUUCGCACUCCUGCUGCACAGCACUAAGCUAGACGAAUAGCCACACACAUACCCUCUCAGACAUACACACAUACAGAGAGAGAGACGUGCAUACAAAACGAAUGAAUGCAGCUGCCUGGAAUACGUUGAGGAUGAGCAGAAAGCAAGAAGAUGAUGCCAAAGCCAAAAGCCAACAACAGACAAAAGCAACAAGAACAACAACAAGAACAACGACAACGUGAAUUACACGAAUAUCAACGACAUUAAAGAACAGCAGUAACAACAACAAAACAACGAAAUAACAAAGAAGUCGAAAGUCAAGUGCAUUAUUAAUAUAAUUAAUUUAAAAUUACAAAUUCAAUUCGAAUAGAAAGUGUAUUUUGGAAGCGAAAACGAAACCAAGUAUGAAGGUUACCGUCUGCUUUGGUGAUGUUCGCAUUUUGGUGCCCUGCGGCUCCGGUGAACUGCUCGUCAGGGAUUUGAUCAGCGAGGCCACGCGACGCUACAAAAAGGCAGCCGGCAAGGAGGCUGGCUCAUGGGUGGCGGUGCACCAUCUGCAGACACAGUCGGGCAUCCUAGAUCCCGACGAUUGUGUGCGCGAUGUGGCCGACGAUCGCGAGCAGAUACUCGCCCACUUCGAGGACUCGGGACCCGAUCCGGGAGUGCCGCAGGGCGGCGGCGAUGGCGCCUCGGGCAGCUCCUCGGUGGGCACCGGCUCACCGGACAUCUUUCGCGAUCCCACCAACACCGAAGCGCCCACCCGCGACUUGUCCACGCCACACAUCGAGGUGACGAGCACCACUUCGGGACCGAUGGCCGGCCUGGGAGUGGGGCUGAUGGUGCGACGCAGCAGCGAUCCGAAUCUGUUGGCCUCGCUCAAGUCGGAGGGCAGCAACAAGCGUUGGUCGGCCGCAGCGCCGCAUUAUGCUGGCGGCGAUUCGCCGGAACGGCUGCUGCUGGACAAGGCAGGCGGCCAACUCUCGCCACAAUGGGAGGAGGAGGACGAUGCGGCCGCACAGCUCAAGGAGCAGCUGCUGCAGCAGCAGCAACUGUUGCAACCAGCUGCAGCCGGAGGAGGAGCAGGUCAUCAGCCCUUUGCACGCUCCGGUCGACUGUCGAUGCAGUUCCUCGGCGAUGGCAAUGGCUACAAGUGGAUGGAGGCAGCCGAGAAGCUGCAGCAUCAGCAGCAGCCACAACCGUUGCCCAGCAGCUCGCUGCCGAACAGCGCGUACUCAAGCAAAUCGCUGCCACGCGAAAGCAAACGCAAAGAGCCGCUCGGCCAGGCGUACGAAUCGAUACGGGAGAAGGACGGCGAGAUGCUGCUGAUCAUCAACGAGUACGGCAGUCCACUGGGACUGACGGCGAUGCCGGACAAGGAGCAUGGCGGCGGGCUGCUGGUGCAGCACGUUGAGCCUGGGAGUCGAGCGGAACGCGGUCGCUUGCGUCGCGACGAUCGCAUCCUGGAGAUCAAUGGCAUCAAGCUGCUCGGUCUGAGCGAGUCCCAGGUGCAGGAGCAGCUGCGUCGUGCCCUCGAAUCCUCGGAGCUCCGUGUGCGUGUGUUGCGCGGUGAUCAACAGCGUCGCCAGCAGCAACAGCAACAAAGACGCGACUCGAAAGUGGCUGAAAUGGUGGAGGUGGCCACCGUGUCGCCCACACGCAAGCCGCAUGCAGCGCCGGUGGGCACCUCGCUGCAGGUGGCCAACACCCGGAAGCUGGGGCGCAAAAUCGAGAUACUGCUGAAGAAGGGCCCCAACGGUCUGGGCUUCUCGGUGACGACGCGCGAUAAUCCCGCCGGCGGCCAUUGCCCCAUUUACAUCAAGAACAUUUUACCACGAGGUGCCGCCAUCGAAGAUGGUCGCCUCAAGCCCGGCGAUCGGCUGCUCGAGGUCGAUGGCACACCGAUGACGGGCAAGACGCAAACCGAUGUCGUGGCCAUACUACGCGGCAUGCCAGCGGGCGCCACGGUACGCAUUGUGGUCUCGCGACAACAAGAGUUGGCUGAGAUGCCAGUUGGGACUGAGACUGUGGAGAAGCAGGUCGGAGGAGCAACAGCAGCAGCUGGAACAGGAGUUGCACCUGGAGUUGGAGCUGGAGCUGGAGCAACAGCAGCGCCUGUCUCGAUUCCCGUGCAAAAGUCGAGCAGCGCUCGCUCGCUGUUCCAGCAGCAACAGCAGCAGCAGCAGGCGCAGCUCAAUGAAUCUCAGCACUUUAUCGAUGCGGGCAGCGAAUCGGCAGCGUCAAACGACAGCCUUCCGCCAAGCAGCAGCAGCUGGCACUCGCGGGAGGAGCUGACACUGCACAUACCCGUCCACGACACAGAGAAGGCUGGUCUGGGCGUCAGUGUCAAAGGCAAGACGUGCUCGAACCUGAACAGCUCAUCGGCGAGCGCCGGCAGCGUGAAACACGAUGGGGAUCUGGGCAUCUUUGUGAAGAAUGUGAUCCACGGUGGAGCAGCGUCACGCGAUGGCCGCCUAAGGAUGAAUGAUCAAUUGCUGAGCGUGAAUGGCGUCUCGUUGCGUGGCCAGAACAAUGCCGAGGCGAUGGAGACGCUGCGUCGUGCCAUGGUGAAUAAUCCGGGCAAGCAUCCGGGGACCAUAACGCUGUUGGUUGGACGCAAAAUACUGCGCUCCGCCAGCUCCAGUGACAUCCUUGAGCACAGUCACAGUCACAGUAAUAGCAGUGGCAGUGGCAGCGGCAGCGGAAGCAAUAGCAACAAUUGCAACAACAACAGCAGCUCAAAUGCCAGCGACAAUUCAGGCGCCACUGUCAUCUAUUUGAGUCCAGAGAAGCGUGAACCACGCGGCGGCAGCGGCAACGGACCUGGCAGCGCUGGCAGCGAUAUGAAUAGAUGGAGCAAUCCCGUUUUGGAUCGUCUAACCGGUGGCAUUUGCUCCAGCAACUCUGCGCAGCCCACACAUCAGCAACAGCAACACCAUCAGCAACAUCAGCAUCAUCAGCAGCAGCAACAACAACAGACGCCACAAUCGCAGUCGCAGUCACAGCGUCGUCUGCCGCCGCCGCCGGCAACGCUGCGCAACGAGAGCUACUACAUGGCCACCAAUGACAACUGGUCGCCAGCGCAGCUGCAGCUGCUCAAUGGGCACGGCAACACGGCGCUGCUCAUCGAGGACGAUGCGGAGCCCAUGUCACCCACGCUGCCGGUGCGCAAUCACGAUGGUCAACACUGCAACGCGAGCAGCGCAAACACAUCGCAAGCUGGCGCCGGACAGAUGGGGCAGAUGAUUGGUGGCAUCUCAACGCCUGGAGGCGCCACAGCAGCAGCAACAGGAACAACAGCAGCAGCCGGUGGAACAGCAACAUCAGCGGCUGCAGCUGCGGCAAACUUUGAUGCCACCUACUCAUCGCAACUGAGUCUCGAGACAAACAAUUCUGGUGUGGAACAUUUCUCACGCGAUGCUCUGGGGCGUCGCAGCAUCUCGGAGAAGCAUCAUGCAGCGUUGGAUGCACGCGAGACGGGAACGUAUCAGCGGAACAAGAAGUUGCGCGAGGAGCGAGAACGCGAGCGUCGCAUUCAGCUGACCAAAUCGGCAGUUUAUGGCGGCUCUAUUGAGUCGCUGACACUGACGCGCAUUGCCAGCGCCAAUGCACAGAUGGCGGCUGCGGCGGCGGGCUAUAAGCACGCCAAGACCAGCUCGCACAUUGAGCAGCGUGAGCAGCAGCAGCGGGAGCAACAAAUGCUCGCCGCCGAGGCGGAGGCACGCGAUCAGCUGGGUGACUUGGGGCCAUCGCUGGGACUGAAGAAGUCGUCGUCGCUGGAGUCGCUGCAGACGAUGGUGCAGGAGCUGCAAAUGUCCGAUGAGCCGCGCGCUCAUCAUGCGCUGCGUGCGCCACGCGGACGUGGGCGAGAGGACAGUCUACGAGCUGCGGUCGUCAGUGAACCGGAUGCCAACAAACCACGCAAAACUUGGCUGCUGGAGGAGGGCGAUCACGAAGGCGGCUUUGCCUCGCAGCGCAACGGUCCGUUCCAGAGUUCGCUCAACGAUGGCAAACACGGCAGCAAGUCGCGCGCCAAGAAGCCGAGCAUAUUGCGCGGCAUUGGACACAUGUUUCGCUUUGGCAAGAAUCGCAAGGAUGGCGUUGUGCCCGUCGAUAGCUAUGCCACCUCCACGCUGGUCUCUGCCGCGCCAAACUCAGCUCAACAUCAGCAGCAGCAGCAGCAACAACUGCAGCAGCAGCAACAGCAGCAACAACAAAUUCCAGCUGCUGCUUUGGCGGCUCUUGAGAGGAAUGGCAAACCGCCAGCCUAUCAGCCGCCGCCGCCGUUGCCGGCUCCAAAUGCAUCAGGUGGCGGUGGCGGUGGGGCAGGGGGAGCUGCUGUCAAUGGUGGCUCGGCACUCAAUGGUGGGAUUCAUCAGAACGACAUAUUCAAUCAUCGCUAUCAGCAUUACGCCAACUACGAAGAUCUGCAUCAGCAUCAGAUUAGCAGCUGCAGCAGCGAUGAUAUUGGUGUUGGUGGCGUGCAAGAGGCGCUCUCAGAGUCGACGCUCGAAUGCAUGCGACAACAGGUGAUCAGGCAGCGCAUCAAAGUCGAGGCCGAAAGUCGACGCCAUCAGCAUUACCAUUCGCAGCGUAGCGCCCGUUCCCAGGACAUUAGCAUGCAUUCAACGUCAAGCCAACAACAGCAGCAGCAACAGCCUCCUCUGCCUUUACCGCCAUCGGCAGCAGCCCUUCAGCAGCAAUCAAAUGGCGGUCUGCGUCCCAUGAGCAGCUACUAUGAAUACGACACUGUGCAGCAGCAACAGCGUGUGGGCAGCAUCAAGCACAGCAGCCACAAUCACAGCCAUGGCUCGCAUCAGUUGCACAACGGCAACAACAACUCGACGCCGUCGCCCAUCAGCGUCAAUGUGGCACAGCCGCAUUGGAAGGCAGCCGCAUUGAAUGGCUUCUCGCCGGCAUCGCUCAACAGCAGCGCACGUAGUCGCGGUCCAUUUGUGACCCAGGUGACCAUACGCGAGCAGAGUGGCAUGCCACAGCAGCAACAGCAGCAGCCCACUUAUCAGACAGUGCAGAAGGCGCAAUCACAGUCUCAGUCGCAAUACGGCAGUGCUGCAGGUGCACAGCCGCAUGCCUCGAAAGUGUGACUAUAGGUGCUGGCGCAUGCGCGCGCCACACGCGACGUUCUCGUGGAGAGUCCACACAGCCGCCACUCGGAGCUGAGCGAAGUGGAGGUCUUCUACUAUGCCACCGAGUGCUAAUCGGAUGGGAAGGAGACGUUGUUUAAGACGCGUGUGAGACGCAAGCGGCCGGCAAAGCAAUUGUCAAAACUGGCAACCAGUUUGAUGCAUAUUCAUAUAUGAAUAUAUAUAAAUAUUUCUUUUUUUUUUUUUUUGUUUUUAAAUUAAUGUUCUUUUUAUACCCAAUUGACAAGGGAAAGUAAGCCCACACACACACACUCUCUUCAUCCUCACCACAAAUGCAUAUAUUUAAGCUCAUAUUACAACAAAUUCAAAUAUAAUUACAAAAAUGAAAGUAUUCCAUGUAAAGCGCGCAAUGCGAUGCGCUUAGCUUAAUUUAAGCUUACAGUAAGCAACAAAAUUGCAUUAUUCGAUCGUCUAACUCUAAGUCAAAGACCAUGUAAAUACAUACACGUAUAUAUUAAUAAUUUCAAUUAAGUUUUGUGAGAGAAUCGAUAACGAAUUCAGUUGAAGCAAGUCUCAAAAACAUUUUGUCAAAAGUCAAACAAAUGCAACUUUCAUCAUUUGGAUUGUAUAAAAUAAACAAACGAACUUAAAUUUGUCACUUGAAAGGAUAUCAAAUCAUGCUGUAAAUAACACACACAUAUAUACACAGGCAUUACCAUUAUCAUAUUUAUAUAUAAUAAUAUCAGUAUAGUUAUCAUAAAUCUUUUUUUUUUGUUUAGCUAUAAAGCAGUCGCCAUUUUGUGUGCAAAAGUGAAAAAUUGCAAAGUAAAACUUAAAGUCCAUUUAAUUAAUGUUUUCUUAAAUUCAUUCUGAAUACAUUUACAAUAAGCUAUGAUUAUAAAUAUAAUAGACCUAAGUUUAUAUUAGGUACAUAUAAGCCCAGCGAAAUAAUUGAACUGGGCGUUUAACGAGAUGCGACUUUGGAUUAGAAAGUACUUAUUAACCAUAUAAUACGAUACGAUACGAUACACAUUCAGUAGUACUUAUACAUUUAUUAUAAUAUUUGUGUAUUAUUUAGUAUUUUGUAUAUUGCAAAAUUCUGUUGCAAAUUAAAUAUUUAAGAUUCCAUAUUCUUAUCAAGAA